AUGGCAAUGAGUGACAAAAGAAUUCUCUGCGUCGGUGUGAUCUGCUUCGACGAAUUGUUGUACUGUGAAAACUACCCCGUCGAAGAUUCUGUGGAAAUGGUUGUUACUCGACAACUGAGACCAGGAGGGAACGCUGCCAACAACUGCGCCGUUCUGGGUGAGCUGGGUGUUCAGUGCGACUUGUUUGGAACGCUCAACAAUAAUUCACGAUCAGGAAGUUUUGUCACAGAGCAACUGGAAUCAUAUGGUGUCAACCUGAAACAAUGUGAGAUUGUAGAAGGCAAAGAACUACCUAUGUCGACGUGUAUAAUUAAUAAGAGGAAUGGAUCGCGAACGAUACUGCACCACAGUGGCGAUUGGCCUUGGGUUUCAUAUGAGGCUUUUCUUAAAAUAGAUUUGUCGCAGUAUACGUGGAUUCACCUGGAGGCAAGAAACUUCGACCAGCUGAAGAAAAUGGUAAAAAGGAUUCAUGCGUGGAAUUCUGAAGAGCGAAGACGUAUUCCGAUGUCACUGGAAAUCGAGCAUUAUCAUGACCAUUGUCUGGAAAUGAUACCCACGGCAGAUCUUGUUAUGGUCAGCAAGGAUUUCGCGAGAGCGCUCGGAUAUAAGUCAAUGUCUGAUACACUGGAUGGACUUCAUGGAUACCUCAAACCUGGAGCAACAUUGGUGGUGCCGUGGGGAGAGCAGGGAGCGGCUGCAAAAAGUCCUGAGGGCGUCUUUUUUGUCCCCGCCUAUCCUCCAGAGCGCGUGCUGGACACGCUGGGCGCUGGAGACACCUUUUGCGCUGCGCUGCUGUCAGCGCUGUCUGGCGGCCACCCACUGCAGCACAGCCUGCACUACGCCUGUCAAGUUGCUGGAGCCAAGGUCGGCAUGCACGGAUACCGCGGACUUCAGGAUGUUCUCAGGGAGCGUGGUGUACGCUGUCAACACUAGACGAUAUUUGUCCAGUAGUAGGUGACCCUGAGGAGCUCUUUUACAAUAUGGGCGGUACAUAUUCGAGUGACUAAAAAGAGAUUUGUGAUAAUUACAUCGAGAUUAAUUUGCUACAUUUACAGAACUUUAGAGUCUGGUAAUUGUUUCGCUGGUCUGCCAUCACACAUCAUAGCUAGAGUCGUGAACAGAUUAUAUUGCAGCGUAGUUCGAUCCUGAGGUAAAAGGUUUGAGACCAGAUUGUGCAGAAAAUAAUUGUCGCCAAUAUUUCAGUAGAAGGGUAGCAGAAAUGGUGGAACUAGGUUAAUAUUCACCGGGCCAUGCACCAAUGCAGUGAACUAAAUCACAGGUAUCUCUACAAUUUCUCAUAGAGUGAUGACAUAAAACAAUCAUCUUGGUUGCCAGUCUGCCAGAUGGGGAACAUUAACUUUAUGGACCUCUUGGUCCAAUCUCAGAAGGGUAUGCUGUAUCCUAGAAUCCACCUUUAGCCAAUUCACUUCCUUUCAUUCCAAACCCGUCUAUGAUAGUACGAGUUGAAGCGUGAUACUAGGGACACAUCAGUCACUUGUAAAGAACUCGAAUUACUGUGCGAUAGACAGAAGGCUAAGGUCACGUGAAACCUUCUCACCUCUGUGACCUGCUGAAUGGCACUGCUGAAAACCGACGCAAAGAUCUCUGGUUCAGUACCCGAUAAUCUUCUCAAAUCUGUAUUGCAAAGCUUUGGGAAGGAUCCACCCACUUUCAAGAGGCCAACUGAGAAUAUGUUUGAAAUAAAGAUGCAACACAAUUGACAUUCGAGAACGGUUUGCACCAAGAUGCGGUCACAAGACUCACAUCAGUACAUAGGUACAUCACUCAUUUACAGAAAGAAAAAAAUGGGUCUCCAUGUAGUCCAGCAUUGAACCAAGAACUAUGCAGACUAUUUCCAUGGACACUCUAAAAGUCUUUACAGAGCUCAUCAUAUGUUCCCAAAGCUUUUAUUAUCUUAAUGAUUAUCGAAAUAUUACAUGACACAUAAAAGUAUGUUGCCCAUGUCGGAGUCUAAAGGUGCAUUUGGACCUGUGUGUCUACUGUUGACUCAGAAACAGAAAAAGGUUCAUGCUUCUUAUUCAAGACGUUUGCAUGUCUCUUCCCAGUCACCAGCAAAGAAGCCUGUACGCUUUGUUAUUGUUUUGAAGAUGUCCGUUUUAAUAGCAGCAGCUCCGGUUGCAGCCGGAAUUGUUUUGCGACAAAUACUAAACCGAAGAAAGAAGCUCAAGUGCUGAGUAAAUUAUAUGUUCUGUGCUGUGAUACCUGUGUUAAAGUAACUGAUGAGAUCAAGAUAUGAAUCAGUGUGUUCAUUAAAACUUUACUUGGAUGUUGGCUAGUGAUUUUGAAAUACAUCGGUUAUUU